GGUUUGCCGGCGGAAACUCACGAAGAAGAAGUAAACCCGCGCUGAAGGAGCAUGUGACAAAUGUAAACAGACUUUCUGAUCGAUUAUUGUUUAGAAAUCAUAAAAUUCAUCGACGACACGAUGCGGGCUGGUACGUGAACGUGUUUUAUUACGACUGAAAUAAUUAAAGUUUAGAUGUUUUACGUCACUCCGACGUUAGCUCGUGAAGUCUGAGAAGAUGGAGGAGGUUCGGAUGGACUCGGAAUCAGCUGGAUCGGCUCCAGAACCGGGGGUCGCUGAUGCCUGGGAGACUGUCACUGCAGCUCUGACGUCUCCCGGCUGCCCGGUGCCGGAGCAGAGCCUGUCGGACUCGCUGGUCCUGCUCUGUAAUCAGGGUCUGGGCCGGCUGCUGGGCGGCUGGCUGCUGGAGACGCUGCAGAUGCGUCUGUCCUCCUCGGUGGUCCCCGAGUUCUGGUCCGGACUCAAACAGCCGGAGAAUGAGUUGGAGGAGAGAGGCAGGGCCUGGGUUCUCCUCACCGCCUUUCGGACUCUGUUAGACCGACUGGAACCAUUUCUGGGUGGUUUGGAGAGGCUGGGGACGUGGCAGGACGAGGGCCGUGGCAGCCUCUGUGGCCCGGGGCCCAGGGGCCUCCAGGAGCGGGCCUUCACCCUCAUCAGGGCUCUCCUCCUCUUCUCCCCCUUUCCUGUUCUUCAGGAGCGGGUGUUGGAGUUUUACAGCAGGACCUUCUCUGUCUACAUGAACCAGGAGGGGGAGGCCGAGGACGGGGCCGAGGUUCCAGACGGCCCUGAUGGAGGCGUCUGUCGGGGCUGCAGGGUCCCGACUCAGCAGUGCUGGUGUCAGGAGGCCCUGCAGCAGCUUCAGGAGCUCAGCCACAUCCUUUCCAAACUGCAGCUGCUGGAGUGGGUGAGCUCCGAGUCCGUCACCUCCAUCCUCCACAGGCUCAUCGAGCAGCGGAUGGAGCAACACUGCAGGGGAGAAUACGAGCGCUCCUUCCUGCUCGAGUUCCAGGAGUGGCUGGAGCUGGUGCUGGGCUGGCUGAGCAAAGUGUUUGCAAGCGAGGCAGACGGAGACAGUCGGGUACCUGCUCCCAGUGCUCCCGGUGCUCCCGGUGCUCCCGCUGCUCCUGGUGCUCCCGCUGCUCCGAGCCUCGGAGCCGGCCAGCCUGCCAGUUCUGUCCUGAAGCAGUGGAGGUGCCACAUGCACCAGUUCUUCUGCAGGAUCUACGUCAACAUGAGGAUCGAGGAGCUCUUCAGCAUCAUCAGAGAUUUCCCAGAAUCCAAAGCUGCCAUUGAAGAUCUGAAGUUUUGUCUGGAACGAACCAAUCAGAGACAGCAGCUGCUCACCUCACUCAAAUCUGCUUUUGAGAGCCGUCUGCUGCAUCCAGGAGUUCACACAUCUGACAUCCUCACCGUUUACAUCUCGGCCAUCAAGGCCCUCAGAGAGCUCGACCCGUCCAUGGUCAUCCUGCAGGUCGCCUGCCAACCAAUCCGCAAGUACCUCAGGACUCGGGAGGACACCGUGAGGCAGAUCGUAGCCGGUCUGACCGGAGACGCUGAGGGCUGUACAGACUUGGCCUCGGAGCUGUCCAGAGGAGACCCGGUGACUCUGGAGAUGCAGGACAGCGAUGAAGAAGGCAACGACCCAGAGGACUGGACCCCGGACCCAACCGAUGCCGUCCCUGAUAAAAUGGGCUCAAAGCGUCGUUCCUCAGACAUCAUCAGCCUGCUGGUCAGCAUCUACGGCAGCAAAGACAUCUUCAUCGAUGAAUACAGAGCCGUGCUGGCUGACAGACUGCUGCACCAACUCAACUACAACACUGCCAGGGAAAUCCGUAACGUGGAGCUGCUGAAGCUUCGCUUUGGAGAGUCUCACAUGCAUUACUGUGAGGUCAUGCUGAAGGACAUGGCGGACUCGAGGAGGAUCAACAGUAACAUCCGUGAGGAGGAAUCGAGGCUGAGUGAGGAGGAGCAGCCGCUGCUGUCCCUGUCCUCCAUCAUCCUGUCCUCUGAGUUCUGGCCUCCGCUGAAGGAGGAGAAGCUGGAGCUCCCUCCACUUGUAAUCCAGGCCAUGGAGGCCUACACACACCGCUACGAGAAACUCAAGGCCAUGAGGACGCUGAGCUGGAAGCCUCACCUGGGCUCCGUCACCUUGGACGUGGAGCUGGAGGACCGCACCCUCACCAACCUCACCGUCUCCCCGAUCCACGCUGCCAUCAUCCUGCACUUCCAGGAGAAAAACUCGUGGACUCUGGAGGAGCUGAGCGUGAAGCUGGGUGCCCCGAAGGAGCUCGUGCACAGGAAGCUGGCUCUGUGGCAGCAGCACGGCGUGCUGAGGGAGGAGGCGGGAGGGCGCUACUACGUGGUGGAGACGGGCUCGUCCAAAGAGAAGAUGGAGAGAGGCGUGAUGCUGAUCGACAGUGACGAGGAGAGAGACUCCAACACCACCACCCAGUCUGAGCAGAGGGAGGAGAAGCUGCAGCUGUUCUGGGCCUACAUCCAGGCCAUGCUGACGAACCUGGACAGCAUGACGCUGGACCGCAUCCACUCCAUGCUCCGGAUGUUCGUUGCCACGGGACCUGUUGUCACAGAGAUGGACGUCAACGAGCUGGAGGCCUUCCUGCAGAGGAAGGUCAGGGAGCAUCAGCUGAUGGUCUCUGCAGGCGUCUACAGACUCCCCAAAUCCAACUGAAGGAGGAGGAGGAGGAGCAGGAGGAGGAGGAGGAGGAGGGACUGCUCCAGUGUGAUGCUGCAUUCAAGUGCUGGGAAAUGUAGGACAAAGCUGUUCUCCUCACCGACAGAAUACUAGAACUGUUUGUUUCACCCACAGAAACACGAAUUUCCAUCAAACUGGAUUUGUCUUUGAAUGCAGCAUAAAGAAAUGCCAAUGAAUGGUUUGGUUUUCAAAAUAAAAGCACCUCCACCCUCUCACUGCAGAGUGUUGAUGCUGCAGCUGGAGAUGAGGUUGUGAAGGUUGCUGGUGUUGAACUCUGUAUAAUGUAUAAUAAUUCUUAAAGCUCUUUAAUGUCUCGUG